UUUAACAGUGUCGCUAACUUGACGGACAUGUUUUUGCAAUCGAAAUAAAACAAUUUGAUUUUGAAUGAAUAAAAAAAGUGAAAAGUGCUUACAAAGUUUAAUAAUAAUUAUAGAAGCAAUUGCUGGCACAAAUUAAACAAGAAAUGCCCAUUCUAAUGCUCCCACCAAAAAGGGUGUAUUGAUUUUACCAUAAAAACCAUUCGCGAUAGAAAUCCCAUUUGGGAUAGAAAAAAAAAACGUUGAAAUAGUCGCAACCGGUCGGAUCGGAUUACUAUAUAAUUCACACAGCUGCCAAAAGUACACAAAACAAGUCGUUGCGUCGAGACGACUGGCUGGAUUAUUGAUUGUUCGCCAACCGCCGACAACAAACAAAGUGAAACGCAGCUUCGCAGUUAAGCGCGGCUCAUCCCGAAAGCGCAUACAAAAAUUUUUGAAUUAAUUUAAGUUUCAUCUUGCAGAUCGAAUGCAAUUAAACGAUUGAGCUAAAACUAUUACGGAAUAAUAAUUUUCAGUAUGAAGUCAUCUAGAGUUAAUGAAUCACCACCCGCCUCCAAUUUAAAGACAUCCACGACGGCCGGAGAAUAUAUGCUGAAUUUCGAGAAUGUCAUAGAAACUGGCAAAGAAGCCUCCAUGACCAGGGAAUAUAAUCCGCAAGUGGCCUACGAAUUCGAACGAUAUCUAAAUCCUCAAAAGCUUAAGCAACAUGUGCUCAAAAGUGAGAAACUUCAUGCGAUCUUGGAGCACUAUGCGAGGGAGACAAAACAACCCCUGAAACAAUUGGAACAGCAGGCUAAACAGAUUAUCGAUGAGAUCGGUUUGGAUCGGAAUAUGGCCAUAAUACGUUGGUGUGGCAUUGCCAUAACGGCCAUUGGCAAAAGGAUUUGUGAUGGCUUUUAUGUGAAUUCGGCCAGCAUGGCCAAUGUACGCAAAGAUAUGGGUCGUUGUCCAGUUUUAUAUCUACCCAGUCAUCGUAGCUAUAUGGAUUUUAUACUGAUGUCAUAUAUAUGUUAUUAUUAUGAUAUCGAAAUACCGGGUAUAGCAGCUGGCAUGGAUUUCCACUCAAUGUUUGGCAUGGGAACUAUGCUAAGGAAAACGGGAGCAUUUUUCAUGCGGCGCAGUUUCUCAAAUGAUGAGCUCUAUUGGGAUAUAUUUCGGGAGUAUAUGUACGCUCUGGUUGCCAGCUAUCACAUUGGAGUGGAAUUCUUUAUCGAGGGUACAAGGUCAAGAAAUUUCAAGGCUUUAGUACCAAAAGUUGGCCUCCUUUCGAUGGCCCUGUUGCCCUACUUUACGGGCGAAGUGCCCGAUGUUACUAUAGUGCCGGUUAGUGUGGCCUAUGAAAGGGUUCUGGAAGAGCAACUCUUUGUCUACGAACUGCUGGGUGUGCCCAAACCUAAAGAAUCGACAAAAGGAUUUUUCAAAGCGCUAAAAAUCAUCGAUGAACGUUUUGGUAAAAUGUUUUUGGAUUUUGGUGAACCGAUUUCGGUGCGUGAAUUCUUUGGACAUACUUCCGGGCAACGGAUGCAACGUGCCGGUGUGGGUGGACAUCUGCAGAAACUGAAUCGUCAGGAGAUUGAGCUGGUUAAGCAAUUGGCUAAUGAGGUUAUCUAUCAACAGCAAAGACGCAUUGUGAUCAAUACGUUCAAUUUAUUGAGCCUCUACUAUGCCAGUCAAUUGUAUGCUCAGCGUACGGUGAAUAUUGAUGAACUCUCGCGGGGAUUGCUGCAUCUAAAACGGAUCUUCGAGCAACUGGGCUCUCAUGUCAGCACGAAUGCCAAUAACAUUAAGGCGGAUAUAAUUGAUGCAGUGGAAAUACAUUCGAAUAUAGUUAAUUUUAAUCGGGCACGCCUGCAAUUUACACCCAUGAAAGCCAAGCAAUUGGCCGCCCAAAUCGAUGUGAAGCGUCUAAAGGCUCAUGCUUUGAGUCCACAAACUAUGGCGGUGGCCGUACCCAUGUUAGCCCUUCAAUUAUAUAUUAAUCCCUGCAUGUUUUGGUUGGCCAGACCGGCAUAUCUAUUGCUGGCUGGCCUGAAAGAGCAACAAAGACAAAAGUCAAAUACUCCAGAGUCCCGAAGUGCCACCUUGGCGGCAUUGCAUACGCAUGUAACCUCAAUGGAUACACUCUUCCAGCAUGAGUUUAUCAUUGAGUCCAAUCGUGAGGCAGUUGAAUUUGAAACACAUCUUCAGUUGUUAGUCAAUGAGAAUGUCUUACAACUGGAACCGAAUGGUUCAAUUAGUGUUAAGGAUAACGAAUGUUCCCGUGUCAUAUUGGCGGCCUUGGCUCCAUUUUUGUGCCUGUAUUAUCAAUUGGCUGUUACCUUGCGGCAGCUCCCUCUUGAUGUGGAGUUUAGCAAUAAGGAUUUGCUGGUACGUGUGCAACAGCAUGUGGAGCGAUUGCUGCAACAGCAGGAUGGAGCUGCCUCUCAUGUUCAUCCCUAUUGCUUGGCCCUGGACAAUCUGAAUAUAGCCAUUUAUGCUCUUAUUCAACGUGGCUAUAUACUUAAAUCCCGGGAAACAGGCCAAAUGCUUAUACCCAGUGCCCAGAGUACGGGCAAAUGUUUAAAAGAAUUGGAAUUACAGCUACUGGAAUACUGUCAACUAAUGCCAUUUGCUCAGUACUCGAUAGCGGCCAAUCAGCAGGCCCAGUUUCAUAUAGCAAAAUUAUAACUGAUGGCCACAAAUGGCAAGCGAUUGGGUAUAGAUGACUCAUUCGCCGCCGUCGCCGCCGCCGCCCAAACAAAUAAUUGUCAUCAGCAUAGUCAUAGCUUUAGUCGAAUAAGUUCAUUCAUUGUUGGCUUGCUCAAGAAUUGUCGAAUCGUUUGCAUUCUAUUCGUUUUUGUAAUUGUUGCUCCCAUUUGGCAAUUCCUUUGCUGGUUGAUUUCAUUCAUCAUUUAUACAUCAUCAUCCAUUUAAAAGGAUAAACGACGGUGGGAAAAACUUUUAGGAAUCGGGUUUUAAUAAUCGGGGGAAAUAUUGGGAAACCGAAAGGUUGUGGUUAUCGUUUUGGUGGUUUGCUCAUUAAUUUUUUUAGCGCAUUAUUUGUUUUUUAUUUUUCGGUUCAUUGCCAUAUCUAGAAAUAGUCAUUAACACCCAAUAACAACACAAAAAAUUGCCACCUUCAGUCGAAUUUUAAAUAAAUUAUUGGUAGGUCCCAUCGAAAUAUGACUACUUAUAUAGUACAUAAAUAUAUAUUCUAUAUAGAAAUGUUCUUACAAAAUAAAAAAAGAAAACAAACAGGAAAACUAAGCACAAAACACAGAAACAAUAAGACAUCACACAAAAACCUUAAACAGAAUUUCCUAUUAAUUGUGGAUAUCUACUUUGGUUGAUCUCACGAUCUUGCCUUUAUCAUUCUGAUUGAUCAUUCCCAUAUCUUAAUUUAGACAAAAUAAAUUCAAUUCUAAUGCUAAUUUGUGAUCUAACCGUGCCAAUAUCAAUUGUACUACAGUCAUGCACAAUUUAAAAACAAUUAUAUUCCCAAAAGACCUUCAAUAACUUGGACUAGAAAUAGUAAAGAUGUUGAUUUAGCCAAUUCUUUCAGAUUUUACAGAGAGUGUUUCUUGAAUUUCAUAAUAUCGUAUCGAUAUUUGCAUUGAUUCUUUAGUUUCUUUGAAGACCUUUUGAAAAAAACCUAGUCUGGAAAUUAAUCAAUCCACUGUGGAUAAAAUAAUUCAUUAACACUUUUACUUGGAUCUGAUCGUCAUUCCUAGUUAAAGUUUGCCGCACAAACCGACACAACACACACAAAUGAUAAACUGAGCUACAAAAUGUGCAAUAUAUACACGAUACAUACAAAACCAAAAUACAAUAUAUUUUUGUGUUCUUGUAUAACAUGUUUUUAUAUACAAAACGAAAAACCAAUACAAUAGUGAAUUUUAUAUUUAUAUAGAAACUUAAACACCAAUCCUAACACCUAACAGCAAUAAUAAAAGUAUUUAAUUCAUUUACAAUCAACAAAA